GUGUCUUGUAAAAUGUUAUCGUUUAUGACAAGAACUAUGUAUGUAUACAAGUGUAUUUUAACAUUCAUCAAGCUUCUUGUGUGUUAUGUUUAACGGUCGUUGCGUUAGCCAUCCUUAAUUUACACAGUUUUGUCCAUUUAAUCGAUUAAAAAGAACCUAAAUCAAUACUUAACCAACCGUUUAUUUUGCAGUUCACUAUGGAAGCUAAGACGAGAAAGAAAUCAUUCACCCCUAAGGAUGGAAAGAAGACAUUUAAAUCAAAAGGGAAGAGUUUUAAAAAACCAGGGGGUGUUGGAGGACCACAGAAAUUCAACAAAAAACCCACAAACAGCAAGUUCAAUAGAAAGAGAAAACAAUUUGAUGGUCGAAGCAAGGAAGAAGGGCCAGAAGGAAAGAAACCCAAGUGGGAUGAAUUCAAACAGAAAAAGAAAGAAUUGAAACAGAAUCGUCAACAGAAUGAUAAAAAGCAUAGUUACCAAAUUAUAAACAGAGCUAAACAAGUGUGGGAAAUAGUAAGACGGAAAGACUGUGAUAAAGAAAAAAGGACCAAACUCAUGACAGAACUGCAAAAUCUUGUUCAAGGCAAAAUUAAAACGAUUGCAUUUGCUCAUGAUUCCACACGGGUGCUGCAGUGUUUUAUUCAGUUUGGCAAUGACAAACAGAGGGAGGAGGUCUUUGAUGAACUCAGAGAUCACUUUGUGGAAUUGAGUAAAUCGAAAUAUGCUAGAAACAUUGUGAAGAAGUUUCUAAUGUAUGGGAAUAAGCAGCAGGUGGGUGACGUGAUGUUGGCUUUUAAGGGGAAGGUCAGACAGAUGCUCAGACACUCAGAGGCGUCUUCAGUGGUGGAGUACGCAUACAAUGAUAAAGCCAUUCUCUCACAAAGACUCAUGCUCACUGAGGAGCUCUAUGGCAACACAUUCCAAGUCUGCAAAUCCACAGUUUGUCCUACAUUAGAGAAAGUUUUGGAAAAUAGCCCAGAUAAGCUGGAGAGUAUAAUAGAGGAAAUGAAGCAGAUUCUCACACCAAUGGCACAGAAGGAGGCUGUAAUUAAACACUCACUGGUCCACAAAGUUUUUCUUGACUUCUUUGAGCAUGCACCAGCCAAACAGAGAACAGAGAUGAUCGAGUCCAUCAGAGAGGCAGUAGUGUAUAUGGCACAUACACAUGAUGGAGCCAGGGUUACUAUGCACUGCUUAUGGCACGGCACGCCCAAGGACCGAAAAGUAAUAGUAAAAACUAUGAAAACAUACAUUUCAAAGUUUGCAAUGGGUGAAUAUGCUCACCUAGUACUUCUAGCAGCCUUUGAUUGCAUUGAUGACACCAAACUGGUUAAACAGAUCAUAAUCACGGAGAUUUUUGACUCCUUGUCUGAAAUAAUCAGCAAUAAACAUGGAAAAAAAGUGCUUCUUUACCUGCUAAGCCCAAGAGACCCUGCCCACCUAUUGCCCGAGAUUGUUAAGGUGCUUGAGAAAGGUGACGGUAACACCCACAGUAAGAAGGAUGUAGUGAUCAGGCGAAGAGAGCUGUUGGAAGCUGUUUCUUAUCCUCUGCUACAGUAUCUGUGUGAAAACACUCAGUCUAUGGUCAUGGAUAAAUCAAGUAGUGUGGCUGUCAGUGAUAUCUUGGGGUCUGCAAUCGGAGAUCUCAGGCCUGCUAUGAAGGCCGUAGCAAACCUGGCAGCUGAGCCCUUUGUACCAGGUGGAGUAGAUGGCCAGUUGCAUAUGGCAGAACAUCCCGCUGGUCACUUGGUGUUGAAGUGGUUGAUUGAACAAGAUGCCAAGAUGAAGGAGGCAGGAAAAGACGACCGUUUCUCCAGAAUUCUUUUGGAGAUGGUGGGGUUAGAGAACCUCAAGACAUGGGCUUCAGUCAACCGUGGUGCCAUAGUUCUUUGUUGCCUCCUUCAAAGUGCAGAUGAAAGUGUUGCUGAAGAAGUAAAAGCUGGGCUCAAAUGCAUCCUUCCUCAACUACAGAUGAUGUCGAACUCUAAAGGAGUUGAAGUCUUGCUUGAAAAACUGACCUAAAGUUUAAAACCAGAAGUUUUGUCUUACAUAAAUCAGCUAUUAAUUAAAAUAUGCACAUUUUUACUGAUGUGUGAAUACACAAGUACACAAGAAUA